UUGACGGAGAGGUGCACUCGUUACUGCUUUUUUUUUUUUGCAAAAAUAUUGUGUUGUGAAUGUCACAGUUGUUUGUUUUUUUUUUUUUAUAAGUGCUGUUGGAAUUUUAAAUUCUAAUAUCACCUACCAUUGUGAAGAAGUGGAAAGUGCAAAUCAUUACGAGUUGGUUAAGGAAAUUAACAAACUUGCAACUUGUUAAGCUCACAGUGCAAUACAUAACGUUCCAGUCGUGGACGAGUUUGAAGAUCAAACGAUAAAACAAAGGAAAUCCGUAAAAGUAAUUACGAAACAAUCGUUAAAUUUUGUUUUGUAUCAAACAUUUUAUAAUCACUUGAUUGUGAUGAAGAUUAAUUGAAAUUGGAAUAGAUGGUAAUUAUGAUAAAUGGCAACCAAUGAAUAUGUACAGAUAGAACAAGUAUAGGGAUACUUUUGAGACAUUGUGAAGGAAAUUCUAAUAAAAAACAUUUAUUAUACAAGAAAGAUAUAACGUAAAUGUUCAAAUAAGUUUUUUAAAAAUAUUAUUUAAAAUGAAUACAAUAAAAAAUAGAUCAUAAUCAGAUCUAUUGCAAAAUAUAUAUCUAUGAAUUGUAAGUUUAUUUUAAAACAAAGUAAUGUACAAUUACUACAUCAAUUUUAUUACCUAUGGAUAUUUGAUUUAAAUAAAUUUGCACUAAUUUGUAAAAGUCACUACCACUAAAAUUGGAAGCCUAACAUGUUGAUUACAAUCCACAAAUAACAUUGUUGCGUAUUGAGAUGAAAUAGACUGUUAUCUGCGAAGAUAUAUGUGGAGGUUAAAGGAAAGGAAAAGUGGUAUCCGUAAUUUAAGUAGAACUAUCUUCAUUGGAACACAAUGAAAUAGAAGUUGCUGAUGAAAAUGCGAUAUUUUGUGCAGUAAUCGAAGGCAAUAAAGGUUAUAUUGGUGAGGAGAAACCUCAAAAAAAGCAAAUGUAACUUUGCAAUAAGAAAAUAACGUAACCUUUGUAAAGGUUAAAUAAGAAAUCAUUCAGCAUUAACAUGGAGACGUGAGUAAUAAUUGGGAUGUACAAAAAGUUUUUAUGAGGUAAUUUCAUAGUUCGUGAGCGAGUAACGAAGUUGUGGCAUAAAAGAAAGCGAAACAAGACCAAUAUGGCUCAAUGUUUUGACAAAAACACGAGUGGCAGCGGAGAAAAUUGAUUCAUUGGGGUUCGAAGAUAGCAAGACAGGCUGAACAAAUGUAUUUUACUGACCAAUUUCGGGUUAUCCAACAUGGCGCGACGGAAAAGUGUGUGUACAAAGUGGACUUUAGUUUUAAUUGUAGCAUUCUGUUCGUUUGUGUAUUCGCGACCUCAAGAAGUGCUUUCACAAUCACCCAAUGUCCAUAGUCCUAUUACUAGUGUUGAAACAAACAAAUCAACAGAAAACCCAAUAAGGAAUUCCAGUGUACCAAAUGAAACAGAGCCUCCGAAGACAGAGACAUCUACACCAGUAUCUUUGGACAAAAAUUCCGCGAGAGACGUCAAGACCAAAGGUCCGGCUAUUGGCGAGUCCAUAAAACUUGUUGCAAAUCAAUUACUGGAUAAACCUUCUAAUAAAACUGGUGAUGAGCCUAUGCUUUCAGAUAAUAGAACACCAUCAAAAUUAAAGAGUCAAGUUAUUCACAAACAGAAAAUCAAAACAAGAAAUGAGGAUGCAGAAGAAUCAAUAGAAAAUGGUCAUGCUGGUAUUGCAGUUCCAGUAACAAUGGAGGACUUAGAAACUGAAAAUAAAAUAAGCGAAUCUUCUACAUCAAAUGAAGGAAUUUCUACAUGGAUACUCCUUAGUAAUCAUAAUAGUAAAGACAAUCUUACUUCUUCCACUGAACCUUCAAAACUUGAAGAGAAUAUUAAAAAACAAAAACCGUCAAAUACAAAAAAUAAAAACAAACAACGACCACAAAAUAAUAAACUUUCAGUAAAACGCCCUAUUAUUGGGAGUACUAACAAAUCUGAUUUGGUAGCUGGUGGCUCAGCAAUAAAUGAAAAUGUGUACAAUAAAAUUAAAGAUACAGUUUUGUCAAACGUAGAGAAAAAUAGAAAUCCUUCUACUCAACGGACUCCGAUAGUAAGUACAACUACAGUACCCACAACAACCGAAAUUACAACUAUUAAAAAGGAAAGUGUUACUAAAAGUCCAACUACUAUUUCACCUGUAGUAAAAAUUACAUCGAAACCAAAUAAAAAGAAAAAUAAAAAUAAACAGAAGGUCAGCACUACAUUAUCACCAAUUGAUCAUGAAUCGGCUUUAUUACCAAUGGAACCAAAAGAACAAGAAAUUGAAUUAGAGAUUAGCACCCCUGCAACUACAACUAAGAAACCUAAACGUAGUUCAAAUAGAAAGAAAAAUAAGACAAAGAAAAAGAAGCCCAGUCCGUCUAAAAUUGAAAGUGAUACUAAAGUAAGUGAAACGAAAACUAAUAAGACAAAAUCCGCGAAACCCGCAAAGAAACCUAAUAAAGAUGGUCCUCUUACUACUCAACUUUAUAACUAUCUAUCUAGAGAAGUUAUGCCAUCAGUGGGAGUAGGAGUUAUUGGUCUUGCUAGUUUAGUUGGCUUAGCUAGUUAUUUCUUUUAUCCAUUCAGUACACCAGUUAGAAGAACUUUUGAAGUCGACAAAAAAGACGAUUUAUAUAAAAAUAAUGACGAAGAAUAUGCAAGUGAAGGUAAUGGACAAGCAGAAGAAGAAAUGCUGGGAACAGUUCUUGCUGGAAUGCCAUCUCAUUCUAAACAAAAACUAAAUCCUUAUGCUGCUCAAACUGUUCACAACAACAGAUACGCAAUGAAAAAAGAACAAGAUAUAAGAUAUCGUCACGUAGCAGCUAAUUAUGAACCUAACUAUAAUGUUCGAUAUCCUCAACAAAAAACUGGAAUAGCACAUGGAGCUGCAUAUCCUAAACCAAUAAACUAUAACCCUAACCCUCAUCAAUACGAAACUAGAAAUGUUUAUACCACUGAAAAUAAAUACGUAUAUGAUAAACCAUCUACAUCUUAUCCUGCUGUAGAACCCGUUUAUGCUUCAUCUCAAUCUGCUUCAUCAGGAGGAUAUCCAUAUGGAAGUGAAAUGUCAAAUUCCGUUGUCUAUGGUAUCAAACCAAAUGAUGAUACAGACUUUAGACCUGUGUAUCCCUACGAAGGUCAACAUAUGACAUAUCCAUCAACGUCCAUGGAAUUAGAUUCAAAUAGUAAUACUGCGGAUUCAGAUCAAAAUAAAUAUACUGAAAAUGAUAAUAAUGAUAGUGGAAUAAUUGAUAAUAAAUUCGUAGUUGGCAAUGUACCUAAGGAAUUAGUAGAUUCUGUUGAUUCAGCCACUCCUGCGGUAGUUCCUGAACAUGGGCCGCGAGGACUUCGAAGAAGAAGAAGACAUACUGCGUAUAGUAGAAGCAGUAUAACAGGUUCCAUCGAACAGCUUUUAAAAGAAGCAAAAAAUUCACAUAAAGAUAUUUUCAUUAGCAAUGAAAUUUAUGAUAACUAUAAUUAUUUGAAUAAGUUAGAGGAACUAUCCGAUCCACAGCCCACUGAUAAUACUGUAACAACUCAACCAGAUUCAAAAGAUGUAUUCACUGUUUUUGCUGUAACCGCAGAUUCUACAAAAGAAGAAAAGACAACUGACACACCGACUACUGUGAAAUCUGAAAUAGUUGAAAGCGUGUCAACAGUACCGAUAGGUAGUAAACCAGAAAAGUCUACGACCGAAUCCGAUGUGUCGAAUGAAUUGGAUUCAACAACGAAAAAUUUUAGAGUGUACGAAGUGUAUUCACAUUUGACAGACGUUACUGAGAAGAGUAUUCCAACUCCAAAAUCAGAGACACCUUUUGAAACAACAACUCAAUUUAGAAAUAUAAUGACAGAGACUACUACCGACUUGAAAUCGGAGACCACGUCAACAAUGCCACCUUCCCCGUCCCCAGUAACUGAAUCCACGACAGAGAAGUGUAAAGAUACUCCUGAAUUAGUAACGUAUCCUCCGCCAAGCCAACAAGGUGGCUUCCUGUCUUUGUUGAAGAGAUUCAUUGAAUUUAAGUACAAGCUUGGAUUAAGUAUUUUGCAAACAACAUCCGACAAUUUGAAAAGGUAUCUUGAAACAAGUGCCGGCACUGGAGCGAAACCGCACAAGUGACUUUACAAACGGGAAUUAAUUUAGAAUAAAACAGUCUGAUACUCACCGAGAAAAUAUUUAACCAUUUUAUAUAAAUUAAUCCUUGAUAUAGUUUCUUUCAAUAGAGACAUAUUAAGCAUUUAAUCAAUUUAAUCAAAUACUUGUAUCCGAUUCUUUUGUAAAACAGGGAUGUUAGUGUUUAAACAUUUUAUUAGAAUUAUUAAGGUAAUUAUAUUUAUAUAAUUUCAGAAUGAUAUCCUCGGCAAUGAAAGCUGAGGAAAGUCUACUGAAUUUAUAUUGUGAUAAAAUUACAUAUAACACAUGUUAUAGUUUGAUGGAAUCGAUUUACUUAAUAAGUAUUAGUUAAAACAGUUUCAUUAGGUUAACAAUGAAGAAAAAGCUAUAUUACAAUUAGUAUAAUAAUAAAAAAUAUUUGAGCUUAAAAUUAACUUGUUAAUUUGUUUUUUACAAAUACAGACUUUAAUAUAUUUUUUUCGUCACUCGAACCAUUUAUCUCCAGAUCGCAUUUUUUAUCUAUACUUUUUAUAACUUAAGAGUAUCGAUCUAACAUUGUAAUUUAUUGGAUCGAAUUGUAUUAAUUUUAAGUAAA